AUGUUACAACCGACACGUAAAGAUAGUAGCUUCAUGAAUGAUUCCAAGGACUGGACCACGUGUCCUAGCUGGAUUGAGGGACAAGAAAAGAUAUUGCUCAAGCAAACGGCUAAUGAAAGCAUUGAAAUCCAGAAAGCUUUUGACAAGGCCUUCGAAUAUGAUUAUGAUAAUUGUUGGAUUAAGGAGAAGGUAUGGAAGCGCGAAAUGAGUUUAGCGGAAAUUAUCAAUCAAAUAAAGAUGACUGUGACGGGAAAGAAAAUCAAAAGGAGAUUCAAGGUAGAUAACCGACUCGAAUGGACCAAACCUUGGAUAAACGGAACUUCUCUUGCGGAACAGGAACGUAAUACCCCCAAGUAUGACAUCGUCCAGGAAGUUUACGAACAGAAGCAUCCGGCGGUUCUUGAUGAAGACGUCAUCGAAAGCUUAUGCGAAAUUUUGAAAAAGCUUGCGGAGAAAGGCUUUAGAGUGGAUCCUUCACUCAUUUCUUAUGGGGACCCGACCGAAAAGGACGAUAAGGAGUGA